CUACAAAAACCGCUCAGCUUUUGCCUCUUCAAAAUGAUCACCACAGAUCUUCAGUUUCAAACAUCCAAAAUGUUAUUAGGGGGAUAACUUGUUUUUCCAUGUCAGACUUCAGCAGUUCAGCACACCUGAGGCAGUUGCUUUCAGGUGUAGGUGAACAGCUGCGUCCUGUCCUCAGGAGUUGGCCCUCGUGUGUUGAGCCAUGUGCCUGUGUAGCGGUUGCUUGGUCUCUCAAAUGCACAGGUCUGUGCACUCUUCACUACACUGGACGCCAUAAACCAUGUUGUCAGCCUUGUUUCUGAGAGACUCCAGCAACAUAUGGAAUGAUGAUGCUCCUCCUCCCGUUUUCUUCCCUCUGAGCAGGACUUGGUCCAUAAUGUUGAAAGUCCAGGCUCAAGUGCUCCUGGUGCUGCAAGCUGUUUAUUGUUUGGAACCUGGAGUUCCCGUUUAUUCACGUGCAAUGGACCUCCCAUGGCAGGAUGAGCUGUGCUGUGACUCGCCCUCUGCUAAUGUUCUAGCAAAGACAGGGACUAAUGAGUCUGAUUUCAAUCUCCCACACCCUUUAAGCUGUAUUUUUAGGAGCUCCAUUGAAUCAUCACCUUCAAAGCAUCCAGGUGCUACCUGUUUGGACAUAAUGUGCAGACUGGAUGAGAAUUGGGCAAAUGUGACUUGUGAUCUGAAGACUAAUGGCCAGCUCUCUGACAGACUAAAGACAAAUCGCUUGGCACUCAGCUUACAGCACCUUUCCCAGAUAAACCGCACAGAUGAGCCUGCAUCAGAUCAUCGGCUUGUAUGUACUGCAGAAGAAUCGCUCAUGUGCUCUAUUCAUCUAAACUCAACUAGAACCUUUGGUGUCUUGGUAACAGUCAACAUCUCCAGCGUUGUGGCCUCAACAGUGUUGCUUAAAAUUCCUGACAGACCUGUGAAACCUAGUCCUCCAUUCAACAUCUCACACAAUCAUACUUUGGAGGCAGAGCUCAUUCUCAGCUGGAAGAAGCCAUUAAACUUAAGCAAUAAAAUGCUAAAAUAUGAAGUUCGCUAUUCCUGGAGAAGUUUCAGCCAAACCUUGCAGGUGGUGUCUGCACUUGAACAGCCCUAUCUAUCACUAGAUUUGGAACCCUCAAAGUACACUAUCCAGGUUCGCUGCACCACCCAAACCCAGCCUCCACUGUGGAGUGACUGGAGCAAGCCUUACAUCAUAUACCUUGAAAGUGUGACCUAUGUUCCUCAGGAGGUGGUGGCUCGACCGGGUGAAAAUGUAACGGUUUAUUGCGUGUUAAAGGACCGCAAUGCCAGCAGUGCCAAUUGGUCUUUCAAUUAUCAGAAGUGGCUUGAUCCCAGUCUGUAUCAUCCUGUCAGCCAGCAGGUCAGCAAGAUCACAUUCAGGGCUUCAGACACUGGGAUGUAUUACCUGCUGCGGUGCAGACAUGAUUGGAGUAUUCCUUAUACCAAGAUCUUUGUGGAAGGAGGCAGCAUCAACAUAACAUGUGUAACCAACGGCGACAUCGACACUAUGACGUGCAAAUGGGAUAAUAAUGAGAAGACCAAACUCAAAUUCCAAUCCAAGAGUGCUGACAUGUCAUGUGAGGACAUGAAGAAAAUAGAGAGAGGCAGUAAGAAUGUAGGAGAGACGGGACCUGAAUGCACACCAAACUUGUCUUCUCAGAAAACCUGCUCUAUACAUCCAUUGAAGACUAAUAACUGCUACAAACUGUGGCUUGAAUUACCAUCCCCCCUCAUCAGAUCCAAGCCUGUCUACGUUUUCCCCCUAAAUUAUGUUAAACCUCACCCUCCAGCUGAUGUGGUGGCAGUGACCCAGAGCAAGGGGAUCCUGAAUGUUUCCUGGACUCCUCCCCCUCUGCCUGUUGACGGCCUGCAGUGUCAGUUUCGCUACCAUUCCCUCAGUGUGAUAGAGUGGAAGUUUGAGAAGUCUGUCCAUGUUUCCUGGGCGGAGGUGGAGAUACCAGACAUGUGCCAGGUCUAUGAGAUUCAAGUACGCUGCCUGCCCAAAAAUGGGUUUGGAUACUGGAGUGAAUGGAGUGAGCCUGUCCAAUCCACCAUUAAAAACAGCAGAGCUCCUGAACGUGGGCCUGAUUUCUGGAGAAUAAUUGAAGAGGAUCCAGACAGAAACAAGUCUAACGUCACUCUGCUUUUCGAGACUUUCCAACCAAAUUGGGAUUCCUACUGUGUGGAUGGAUUUAUUGUCCAGCACCAGGCCUCGCAUGGAUCUAAACGGAGGAGGCGGAUUGAUAUAAUGUCCUCCUACAGCUUUGAGUGGAAUCACGAGCUCCAUAUUGUGACUGUGGAAGCCUACAACAGUCUGGGGAGCUCCGUUAACAACGUCAACAUGACGCUGGAGUAUCAGCCUAAACGUCGCUGUAUCCAUUCAAUCCAUGUUUCGCUUAUAAACAGCACCUGUGUGUCUCUGUCCUGGAGUCUCUUGCACAUUAGACCUGUUCCCCUGUUCCUUGUGGUUCAGUGGUUCCCAAAAAAGGAGCAGGACUCUAAAGACUUUGGUCUGAGCAAACAAACAUGGGCCAGGCUGCCCUACACCAACCCCCCUGUCCAUUUACGAGGAGUUUUUUUUAGUUCGGAGGAGUACGACUUUCACUUAUAUCCAGUCUUUGCUGAUGGAGAAGGAGAACGCAUUUCCACGUUACUAAAUACAAGAACAUCUCCAACCUACAUCAUGCUAAUAUUCAUCUUGAUUAUUAGCAUUGCUGUAUUUCUGAUCCUGGUUCUCUCCCAAAACCAGAUGAAAAAAAUCAUAUGGAAGGAUGUUCCAAACCCAAACAAUUGCUCAUGGGCUAAAGGACUAGACCCUAAAACGAUGGAAAACUUUGAGUACAUGUUUCGAUCUUCAGAAGGUCUGCAAGCCUUGCCUCUACCGACUGAGAAGUUCUCUAAAGUUAUUGUCGGGAACAAAGCUCUGACAGAAGCCCUGGUCCAGACCUCAAUGUCUCCUGACUCUUUUAUUCCUUCGACUAACACCGUUCUGCAAUACUUGAAUCCAAGAAAAGAGCAGCUGCUGGAGUGUGACCUAGUCUUUGAUAAAGCCAGUGUUCCUAAAUCUGUAACAAAUUUUAAUAUUACUAGUUAUAAACUACAGCCAGGCAGUGCCUUGGAAGAACAGGGUUCAGGGUCCACUAACGGCUCUGCUCGGUCUUCAGUGACAUACUCAAAGGUCCUGCUCACCGAUGCAAAGGAGGAACACCUGCCUCCUCGUCUCCACAACAAUGAUGGAAGUCGGAGCAGCUCUAGCGAUGAAGGAAACUUCUCAGCAAACAACUCUGAUACCUCUGAAUCAGUCACCAGUGGACUGUGGGAAUUGGACAGCUGUCGUGGUACAGAAUCGGAUGAUCAAAGACACUCUGGCUCUUACAACUCUUUCAGAAAGCUUUCUGAAACAUCAGAGAAAGAAAAUGAACUAGAUAUGAGGCAAGACAAGCCUUUAAACUAUCUAGAAAUUAGACAUCCACUGGAGGAUGAGGAAAGUGAGGAAGAGAAUCCAAAAAGCGAGCUCCUGAAAACUGCACAUGUGGAGUUGCAUCAUCAGCUCAACCAGGAGGAAGUUAUGGAUCCCAGUAAGCUACUGCAAGCUUGUAGCUCACUGUACAUGCCUCAGUACAGGAAGCAUGAAGCAAAUACCAUCCCACACACAUGACAACCAGCUUUUAUUACAGUGUGUACCAGUGUCUUGUGACGCAUGUCAAUGCCAUUUACCACAGUGUUCCUACCCUGGAAAAGACUACUCCUCGGGCACCGCACAAUGGCAGCCCACUGCUCUCCAAGGGGAGGGGUUAAAUGCAGAGGGUGAAUUUCGUUGCUAUGUACUUGUGACAAUGUAAUGACAGUAAAGGUUAAUUCUAUUCUAUUGAAAAAUAUCUCAUUGUAUAGUUGAUUCAGUGUAUGUUCCUUUGUGCUGCAGAAAAAAAAAAUGCCAAAAGUGCAGAGUUCUCAUGGAAAAAAAAAAAUAUGUUUAAUAUGUUGUGUAUAUUUCCUUGAGUAUUAUAGGGUUAAAAUCUGAUAUUCCUGCGUAUGUAAAAGUUGGUGACACAUAAAAGAUAUUCUCUGAUCAACUAUAUUUAGCAGUCUGAAAACGAAACAGUUAUGUUAAUUAAAUGUAAUAACUGUGCUGUAAAUGUUCAUUUAUUUUACAUUUGUGUCUUCAGUGAUUUGCAGCUUUUCAAAGUCUGUUCAUCUUUUAAUUUUGCUUAACUUCAGCCUUAAGUUGACUUUAGACAGAGAGAUGUGACACACAGACCAAAAGACCGCAUAUGUUCUGUCUCUUUAGCUAAUUCACAUUUGAUUCAGAAAAGGAGUUAAACAUUGAUAACAUCAAAAAGUUAAAACACGCAAGUCACUGUGGUUAAUUAUUUUGGGCACUUUGUUCACUUAUUGGCAGCUUCAGGAUUUAUUUUCCAUGUUUUUUGAGCCAACUUUUAAUUUUAAGCCUUUGAGUAAUUGGUGCUUUAAUGUGUUGAGGGUUUGGUUUUAACAAAGUGAUAUUUUUCUCUGUUGAACCUUUGAAUAAUAGUUGUUAUCUUCUGUUAAAAAUGAAUAAUAAUAAAAAAAAUCAAUGUAUAUAAGAUGGAUUUGAAAAAUAUUGUAAAUGUAGAGCCUUUAUUCACCGUAAUUCUUAAUGGAAAUGUUCUAUUUUCAUUGUGACAAUAAAGAGUCUAGUGUG